CUUCUUUUCUCAUUUUUUCUUUUCAAUCAAUAAUCGACUAUACUGCUUAACUUUCGCAACUUACUUAUACAAAAAUGUCUUCUAAUGAAAAUCAAAAUGUUAGAGGCACAGCCAGCCUAUCAGAAAUUCGAAGUAACUCUUACAACUCACCCAGGAACAUUGGAUCAAGCAACCUAGCUAAUUCAGAACGCAGACAUACUCACUUCUUAGACGAUACAGUUUUCCCUAAUCGUAUGUCUAAUUCACCGAACGUCAACUCUAACAGAAUGAGCAACAGUAGGCCUACAAGCGCACGCUUCGCUUCAAGACCGAAAAUCAAUAGUAGAACCACAUCCUUCGCCUCAGUAGCCGCGAAAAGAAGAUCUAUUGCCAGAACCAUUUCUUCACUUUCCGUGUACAGCCAUUUCGCAGGUGAACAUUUGGAUGAUAGUCCUGCUGCUAGUCGUCGACAUUCACAAGUUCUCUCAGAAAAAAGAAGCAGUUUUACAUCUGGCGCAACUGAUCCUAAGCAUGAAGAAGCCGCCGUUGGUGAGGAAAUCGAAGACGUCGGUGAUCAGCCACCUAAAGCUUCCGUAGGAAAAGCUAUGUUCAUGUUUUUGAAGGCAUUUAUUGGAUCCGGCGUUCUCUUCUUACCUAAAGCGUUUCAAAAUGGUGGUUUAGCUCUAUCUAUAGUUCUUAUGGUUGUUAUUGGUUCGAUCUGUCUAUUCGCAUUCUUGCGAUUAGUAAAUACUCAGAAAAUUAUUGGCGGUUCCUAUGGUGAUAUGGGUGGUGUGUUAUAUGGCAAGUUUCUGCGUUAUAUUGUGCUUUUCUUCAUAGUGAUAUCCCAAAUCGGCUUUGUUUGCUCUUACUUUAUCUUCAUUUCCGGUAAUCUCGUGAAUGUUGUUGAUGUUCUCUCCCACUGUACUGCAGGCAUCGAACAAAAAUAUUAUAUUUGGAUGCCUUUGGUUAUUCUUAUCCCUCUUGCUUUGGUCCGCCACAUUGCAAAGUUAUCCUUCACGGCUCUUAUUGCUGACGUCUUGAUUUUUUUUGGUUUAAUCUCCAUCAUCUACUUCACUGCAGCUGAACUUAGUGCGCACGGGGCUGGCCCCAAUGUUGCAGCUGUCAACCCAGCAGAUUUUGCCCUCAUGAUCGGUACAGCAACCUUCUCUUUCGAAGGUAUCGGCUUGGUCAUACCUAUCGUUGAAGCAAUGGAGCGUCCUGAAAAAUUCCCCUUUGUGCUUACCUUGGGUAUGAUAAUUGUUUGUACCGUCUAUGUCCUUAUUGGUACUCUCUCUUACUUAGCUUACGGUGAUACCAUUCAAUCUGCUGUCGUUUACAACUUCCCUCCUGAUCACAAGCUUACUAUUGCUGUUCAAAUACUUUAUUCCUUAGCCAUCUGUCUAACCGCUCCUUUAAUGCUCUUCCCUGCUACAAAGAUCAUCGAAAAUGGAUUAUUUGCUCGAUGCAAAUCUGGUAGAGACAGUUUAUUUGUCAAAUGGGCGAAGAAUCUAUAUAGAAUCAUCUUAUGUGUUGUAUGCGCUGCUAUUGCUUUUGGUAUUGGCGGUGACAAUCUUGAUAAGUUUGUUGCUUUGGUAGGUUCCGUUGCCUGUGUGCCUCUUUGCUUUAUUUUUCCUGGCAUGUUCCAUUUUAAGGUUACCAAGAAAACAAUAGAUAAGAUUUUGAACUGUCUUCUGGCUCUUUUUGGUGUUGGCAUUAUGGUUUAUACACUAUAUGUGAAUAUUAAUAACUGGGUUCAUCCUGUCCCUGCUGAAACUUCUGCAUCAUACUGCGCCAGUAGAACCUAAACACCUUUAUACAUAGUUAAUUCUCUAGAAUUUCUCUUACCACAUACAUAAUCUUUUUACAGCUUAAUAUACCAAUUUUCCUACAACUUGCUUAAUAUUUUAAGUUCAUAAUUCAAAUAUUUGAAUAAAAAUUCUCAUUCAACAACCC